AUGAUCGAUUCCUGCGUCUACCUGGAGUCAUCGACAUACGACGGAUUUCAGUGUCGCCGAACCUCCUUGUUGCAGAGCAAUCCUCACGAUGGCACGUUGAACAAUACUGCUGAUGGCCAGGGUGAAAAUGGAAAGCAUCCAGCCUGUAUCCCAGACCUUACAAAUAGGACGAUAAUUCCUACAGAUCAGAGUCGAACGUUUCUGAGUUCCAAGGGGGAGAAAGUGUACACUGGAGACAGAUCUUCUCUUUCAUACUUGGAUUUUGUACGCAAGGUUAUCAAGCGAUAUGCUGGCGCUUCUUCUUUCACUGAGGCUGAAUUUAAAGAUUCCAUGUUUGAAAUUGAUCCGAGCCCGGCCAGUUCAGAAAUCUUGCCAGAACCAGACGAGGAACAACAGAAAGGUUUCAUAGAAACCUACUUUGAGGCAUCCAGUGCGAUUCUGGACCUCGUUUCAAGGGAGGAGGUUUACGCAUACUUGGGCCUGAGUUCCGUGCGAUUGGACGAGACUCAUAGACGAAAUAUCAGCGAACUGGCAAUAGCACACCUAGUGCUUGCCAUCGGGAGUCAGUGUCGAGGUGUGUCGCCUUCGGAUUUGACAUAUGCUUCUAGGUAUUUCGCACAAGGGCAGCAGGUGGCUUUUAAUGGACUGCUGUACGACCCUAGCAUGAAUAUGGUGAGGCAUUUUCUGCUCAUGGCCUUCUACCUCCUAGGCGCUUGCCACAGGAAUGCUGCGUGCAUGUAUUUAGGGGUCGCAUGGAAAGCUGCCAAUACUUUGGGGCUCCACAAUACGGAUCAUUAUCAGCUCUUAGCAACGCGGGAACGCAACUUCAGGCUUCGAACAUGGAAAAGUCUCUGCGUGAUGAACACCAUCGUCAACUCUAUCCUCGGGAGACUCGAGCAUUCAUAUCGACCUUGGCCGGAUGACAGGCGAAACGACAAUACCGACUUACCCCCACAGCUCGGCAGUCUUACGGUCAAUCCGACUUACGAGCUUUGCCAGCUCAUUGAUGGCUUUGAACGCACAUUAAGGAAAGAACGCCGUAAUACGUUGACCUUGACCGAGAAAUACCUUCAUGACCUUCGUGGAUGGAGCCAAAGUCUACCCAUCGAGCUGCGGCAGAUGCCGAGUAUUCCCAUCACGAAUUCGAACCUCGAGAAUAGGGAGCAGCUCCUGGGGGCAAUACAGGUUACUUGCUUGUACUAUUUCGCUGUUUUGUUAGCAACGCGGCCUUUUCUUACAUCGAAUAUUAUGCUGAAACUUGGCGAUCGGGAAUCUUCCCUUGCCGAGAAUCGCGUACCGGAACUGGAUGAAACUAGAACGUCUGCCCAUCUUGCACAAGUAUGUGUAGCUUCUGCGACGUACAUGGUGAAAAUGUCACAAGCGGCGAUGGAGACAGGGUGCUUACUUCGGAACAUGUGCCAUCUUAAGGCGUGGUUGUUUGCGUCUGGCUUAUUGCUCGGGUUUGCGUUCUUUGCAGAAGAAGGUAUACCCACUGAGACUGAUGAAGCGUUCCACGCAGCUCGAUCGGUUUUGCUGUAUCUUUCUGGUCUAAGCCCACAAGCCAAGCGAUACUACGAGAUCCUCACCUCGCUUUCUGAGGUAAUCAACCACCAGCGCAAGCAGCGUGUAGAGGAGAGGCGUCGGAUUACUAGCCAAUUCGUUGAACAGAUUUUGCAUUUCGACGCCCGUCUACCCAGGAUUGAUCAAUCGUACCUUACUCACCGCUCCGGAAGUGAUGGGCAUAUUCCUGGGUUGAAUCAUGACACUGCCGAUCUAGACACUACCUUCUCAUUCGUCUCGGGUCUGAAUGUGGAAAAUGCGGCUAACUUGCCAAUGCAUUGGAAUGAGUUGGCCAUCGACUGGCAAACAUUUGGCAUAUCUAAGGACAGCACGUGA